GCGUCAAAGCAAGGCCAUUGGCUGCGAGGAUUCCACGGCGUCUGCCAUUGGUUCUCUCUCGGCUGCAUUCGCUCUCGCUCUCGCUGAUUGGUUGAGCGCCGCGCUCGGGCGCGAUUUCCAACGCGGGAAAACACCGAGUGAGCUCGUCUAACUGUAACAACUCCUGGCAGUGAGAUCUCGGGAUGAGAAAGGAAUCAAAGGCGCCGCGCCUGAUACAUGUAACAUUGGGAAUGACUGACUCUGUAAUACAGCGAACAGCGGCGGAACGUUAAAGGCGGGAUAAUCCUCCAACUGCACUUAUUUACACUUUUAUUUUUUUAACUGAACGGUUUAAGUUGUAUUUUAACUGAACGUUAUUUGCGAUGGCUGACAGCAAACAUCAAGUGAUAUUUUGUAACGACUCGCCGAAAAGAGUUCUGGUGUCCGUGAUCAAGACGACUCCCAUCAAACCGAGAGCGGCGGACCCCCUGAUGCCCACAAGCCCCGGAUUCAGUGACUUUAUGGUGUAUCCGUGGCGCUGGGGCGAAAACGCGCACAAUGUGACUCUGAGCCCCUCACCGACCGGAAACAGCGGCUCUCCUGCCGAUUCAGAUGUCAACUCCUGCCCUGAACACCUCAAGGACAGCAUUCGGCGCGGACGCCCCCGGGCAGAUACUGUCCGAGAGCUGAUCAACGAGGGCGAGAACUCCAGCAGUCGCAUCCGCUGCAACAUAUGCAACCGCGUCUUUCCCCGCGAGAAAUCUCUACAGGCGCACAAACGCACGCACACAGGUGAAAGACCUUACCUGUGCGAUUACCCGGACUGCGGGAAAGCGUUCGUCCAGAGCGGACAGCUGAAGACCCAUCAGCGCCUCCACACCGGAGAAAAACCCUUCGUCUGUUUGGAGAAAGGUUGCAGUAGCCGAUUCACUCACGCUAACCGUCACUGUCCCAAACACCCGUACGCCCGGCUGAAGCGCGAGGAGCCCGCGGGGGGCCCCGGGAGAUCACAGGGGGCCGACGACAAGGCUGUGGCCGAAUGGCUGGCAAAAUACUGGCAGACGAGGGAGCAGCGGACGCCUGCGCAGAAUAAAGCUAAGACUCUGAGUAACACUGCUAUAGAGGACCAGGAGCAGCAGGAUCCUCUGGACUUCCUCCUGUCUGACGAAGGAGAAGAAGAGGAGCAGGACGAAACGAAGAGCAGUGGCAGGCGUCUUCAAGAGCAGCGUGAGCGUCUUCACGGCGCACUAGCGCUCAUCGAGCUAGCUAACAAUCUCUCCGCAUGAGCGACUUCCCUCGCCUCCAGACCCUCCCGGCUCAUAUAAGCUACAAGCACCUUACUUUGCUUCCUGUUGUACCUUUAGGCUGCUAUGAUGGUAGUGAUAUCAUUAUAUGAAGAUUGUCUUCGUUUCUCAGCUUGUUGAGACGAGAGACAUCUCGUGUUUGUUUCGUCGUGCACUUUGUGGGAACAAGUGUUUGUUUCUUUGAUGUUUGUGAUUUUUGUAGGAUUUGGUGUGUGUGUGUGUGUGUGUGUGUGUGUUUGAAACAGGGUGCAGUGACCGACCUGCUAAAGAUGAAGACUUACUGACGGCGGAUCGCGUAGUGCUUUCUUACAUUAGUCCGGUUCGCUUCACAUCGGUCAUGUUUAAUCAUGUAUUUAUUCUCUAUUUAAAGCCACCGGCUCAGGCUUCGCAAUAACGUCGAUAAAACUAACCAGCUUUAAGAUGCAGCGUUGGUACACGCUUCUAUACGAGUGUAAAGAGUUGAUGGGUGAACCGAAGCACUUACGAUAUUAAUCUACAACUUUUUGACUCUCUCCCAAAGAUCAAAUUCAGAUUCUGGAUCCAGAAAGCACUUAUCUGAUCCGUAACACUACGUUCUGUUCACGUGCUUUACUCAGAUGUUCGUUUGGUUCGAACACGUCUGCAGGUUUUAUAGAUUCGUUUGGCAUCCGCGUGCAAAAACUGGAAGAUGUUUCAUUUUAUAACUGAAAUAAUAUAUCCCCCCCGAAAUAAAGCAUGAGCUGAUCCCGUCACGACGGCAGAAUGUAAUCAAGUGUUUUAUUCUGAGAUGUUGUGUUCGCUGUGCUGACGUUGUAAAUGUAGACGGGCUUCUCCUCGUUAGUGUUAGCACUUCAAGUCUUCUGUAAAUGAUACAAAGUGUUCCUGGUUGUUGCAUUUGUUUUUAAAUAAAACACACAAGGGAAACUAAA